CACAGCUUACAUAUUGACGAUUUUGGAGGUAGAGGCAAUUACUUGUUGUUGAAAAUGGUUGAAGGAAUAGAUAUUACGUUUAAACAGCUAACGUACAAAACGACGACUGGAAUAUUCAAAAAAACUGAGAAAAAUAUUCUCGAUUGCAUUUCUGGUACAUUUCGAGCUGGCGAAUUAUCUGUUAUCCUCGGUCCCAGUGGUUCAGGACGUACAACGCUUUUGAACAUAUUAAGUGGACUAGUACAAGAUAAUUUUCAAGGAACACUGAACACAGACGAGCUAAACUACACUUCACUUAGAAAUCAAUCUUCUUACAUCAUGCAAGACCAAAUGCUGCAUCCACUGUUAACUGUAGCAGAAGCAAUGGAUUUUGCCAUUCAAUUGAAAACAGGAAAAACUAUGGACAGAGUCCAACGAACGCAUAAGUGCAACAUAAUUUUAAAACAAUUAGGCCUGACCGAUUUAGGCGACACAUUGACCGAAAAUUUAAGUGGUGGAGAAAGGAAACGAUUAUCAAUUGCUGUGGAACUUGUCAACGACCCAUCGAUUUUAUUUCUCGAUGAACCAACGACAGGUUUGGAUUCACAUUCAUCAUCAAAAUUUGUAACAUACCUGAGUGGUCUUGCAAAAUCUGGUAAAUGUAUUAUAUGCUCGAUUCACUGUCCGUCAGCGCUUAUGUUUCAAGCAUUUGACCAUGUGUAUGCCAUCGCUGAAGGGAAAUGUAUUUAUCAAGGAUCAAACAACAACUUGCUGACGUUUCUGAGUGAAUUAGAUCUGUCUUGCCCUGAAUCGUACAAUCCUGCUGAUUAUUUAAUGGAAAUUGCGACGAAUCAAUAUGGUAAUUUGAAUUAUGCAUUAACCGAGAAGAUUGAAAAUGGCCUGGACGAUGGCUAUCGAAAAGAAAUGUAUCUGGCAAAUACCAACCGGUGUGAAACUCCUGCAGAAAUCUGGAAGUACAAAUCGACGUUCAUUCACCAGUUGCUUCUAUUGAUCCAAAGAAAUUUACUCUUAAUGAAACGGAACCGGAAUUAUUUGCUUAUACGUCUUGCUGUUUCUAUUUCACUGGCCAUUCUCACCGGCAUUUCAUUUAAUAAUUUAGGUCACCUCGCAAACCACAUAUUUGACAACUACAAGUUUAUCUACACCACGACCCAAUUUUUAACCUAUUCAUCAUUUUACUCGUUGAUGAUCAGGUUUCCGACCGAUCUUUCAGUUUUGCGAAGAGAGCAUUUCAAUCGUUGGUAUUCGAGCUCAAGUUAUUAUUUAGCACUAACCAUAGCCGAUAUACCAGUAUUAAUUGGAGUCACAAUCGUCUUCAUUUCAAUAUCAUAUUAUAUGACAGGUCAGCCGAUAGAACAUCAACGCAUAAUGCUGAUGUUUGUGGUCGGCAUUUUAAUAUCAUUUACUGCACAAGCGUUUGGCUUGUUAGCUAGCUCAAUAUUUUCGGAUGUUACGAUUUCGUUGGUAAUCGGGGCUGGACUGAUGGCUGUACAUAUGAUCUUUUGCGGAGUUUUGGUUUUGAGGAAGGACGUUCAACCAUGGCUAAAAUGGAUAUUUGACAUUACUUUCUUAAGUCAUGGUAAUGAUGGAAUGGUGCUUGCUCUAUUUGGCUAUAAUCGAGAGAAAUUGGAAUGCGAGAGAAUUUAUUGUCAUUACGCUGAACCGAAAGAUUUUUUGAAAUUAAUUGAUGCUCCCAGUCAUAUCUCGUUUCAUUCAUUUUUUAUAAUUCUUCUCAUUGUGCAUAGUUUUACUUAUAUCAAUAUGAUGAUGAAACUUAAGAAAAUAAAUUAA